CCAUGUCCAACAACAUGGCCAAGAUCGCUGAGGCCCGCAAGGCCGUGGAGCAGCUGAAGCUGGAAGUGAACAUCGACCGCAUGAAGGUGUCUCAGGCGGCGGCCGAGCUCCUGGCCUUCUGCGAGACGCAUGCCAAGGACGACCCGCUGGUGACCCCGGUCCCUGCCGCCGAGAACCCCUUCCGCGACAAGAGGCUUUUUUGCGUCCUUCUCUGA